AUGGGUGUUGUCAUCCGCCCCUCUGUACAUGCGGGAACGUGGUUUCCUGGCACAGCUGCUGACCUCGCCGCUGCUGUGGAUGCAAUGUUAGAAGCCGCUUCGGCCGUACAAGGGACAGUGAAGACAAUCGUAGUGCCGCACGCGGCAUUUCAGUAUUCGGGGUCAACUGCAGCUGCAGCUUACAAGCAAAUGUUGUCUCUCCAGCGCACAGUGAAGCGCGUUGUGCUGCUUGCUACGUGGCAUUCGGAUGGCUCUGGGGUUUUUCUGCCUCCUGAAGAAUUUACUGCCUUUGGGUCGCCUAUUGGUUCAUUGCCUCUUGACAGAGAGGCUCUAGGCGCGCUGUUCUCUACGGGUCUUUAUGACACCGCUCCCGCGGAGCUGGAGGUUCAAGAGCAUUCAAUCUCGGUGCAGAUUCCCUUCCUAAAGCGAGUGCUGCCAGAAGGAGCUCUCUUGCUACCCAUUUACGUGGGGACUAUAGCAGACGAGGAUCUGCCGAUGUAUGCGGAGACGCUUGCUCCUUUCUUCAUGGAUCCCGCACUGGAUCGCGAGGCAGUUGACUGCGUUUUGAACUUGAACGCGCCUUGUCUAGAGGAACACAUCCUGAAGACGGGCAAUUUGAUUUGUGGCUACAGCGCGCUGAUAUUAUUUCUGCGUGUCAUAGAAAGAGUAGCCAGCGCUUCUGGGGCGCAACCCGAAGAAAUUUUGUCUCCUUCUCUCCUUAAAUACGCUCAAUCCGAUGCAAUUACGAGUGCACAGGAAACUUCUGUCGGUUAUGCUGCUAUUGCUUUUCUAAGGGCCUCUUAA